AUGGUCUCAACGCAUACACUUUCGACGGGUAAAGCUUAUGGCGAUCCUAAAGUUGAAACCAUCUUCGAGAUGUUCCGAAGAAUCGAAGGUGGUCAAGUUGGUGUUGUCAGCAAAGCUUAUAUCGCCGACGCAACCCCUGCUGCGGUCUGCACUCACACCCUGACGUCAACAGGCGGUGGUGGUGAAAACUUCUUACCCGGACCUGGAAAUGGCAAUAUCUCCCAAUUUGACCGAUGGGCCUCGGAAGGUUAUCAAGUCGGUUACACAAAAACUGAACUCGAGGCUUUCGACAACGCUCAACGAGCUCUUGCUAUCUUCACUCAAGGUAACAUCAGUACUUGGCUCGAUCAAAAUGUCUACACCGAUCUCUUAGAUCUUGCUGUCACACCUCAAGGAAAGCGAGGAGCUCGUGAUCAACCUGGUCUAAAGGACAUGACCCUUAAGGCCAUUGAUAUACUCCACACCCGAUCAAAAGAGAGAAACACCGGUUUCAUGCUUAUGUCCGAAGCUGCCCUCAUUGACAAAGAGAUGCACGUCCUUGACAUUGAUCGAGCCCUCGGUGAAGUUCUUGAACUCGACGACACCGUUCGAGCUACUCUCAAGCACCUUGAAGAGAUUGGCGAACUCGAUGAUACUCUCGUUGUCGUUACCGCCGAUCACGGACACGGAUUCGAUGUAUUCGGAUCUGCCGAUACUAAAUAUCUUCAACAACAAAAUUCGGAUCGGGCCAAGCGAAGUGCUAUCGGAACAUAUCAAAACUCCGGUCUUUCAGCUUACCAAGUACCUCAAGAUGUCCUCGCAAACAAUCAUACCAUCUUCCAAAGUCCACAAGGCGAUGGUUUCCCAGUGACAUGGGACCCAAGAUAUACCAUCGCUCACGGUUGGGCUGCCAUCCCCGAUCACCGAGAAGACUUCGAAGUCAACAAAGACCACGAGAGAGUCCCUGCUGUUAAGAACACCACCGGGUAUUUCUUCAACCCCGAGGACAAUCAACGAGGUUUCGCCAUGACUGGUAACUUGGGAACUGGAGAUGGGCAAGGUGUGCACUCUUUAGUUGACGUCCCCGUUUACGCUUUCGGUCCUGGUCACGAGUACUUCCGAGGUGUCAUGAACAGUCCAGAUCUCGCUUUCAAAGUUGCCUUGGCACUUGACCUUGGUAGAAACUCGAAUGUCACUGCGUCAUACAGGAAGUAA